UAUCGAGUCAAAGUUCCAUCUUUAUUUUUUUAAUGUUUUGCUUUACAUUUUCCCCAAUUUUCCGGUUGAAGGCCGAUCAAGGAAAAAGAAUCAAACAAACGUAGCAAUCUCCGAUUUCGUGUAAAUGGGCAACGCUCAAUCACCUCAAACAAAUCCUCGCUUCGUAACAGCUUCCAGAGCUUUUACCCAGAAGGAACUCGAAGAUCUCAAGUCACUGUUCCUCUCUCUUGCUGCUCAAUCAAAUAGUAAUGGCAAAUUCGUAUCCCCCUCUGUUUUCCAGUCAUAUUUUGGACUUCGUAGUCCUCUUGGAGAAAGGUUGUUCGAUUUAGUGACACAGAAGCGCAAGGAUCAGAAAUUUACUUAUGAAGACCUCGUUAUAGCUAAAGGCACUUAUGAGAAAGGAACAAAUGAAGAAAUUGAAGAGUUCAUCUAUCAGUUACUAGAUGUGUCAGAUGAUGGUGCCCUUGACAGGUCUGAUCUGGAAUCGGUUCUAAUAGCAAUUUUGAAUUCUGUAUUCUCCUCAACAAAUAAUGAACCUGGAUUGGAUUCACAUCAGGAUGCCAUACAAAUAUUUGUUCGUGCAGCAACUUUCUCAGAGAAUAAUGAACGAUUUACUUAUGAAGAUUUCAAAAACUGGUGUACUCUGCUUCCAUCUAUCAGGAAGUUUCUCGGAAGCUUACUAAUGCCACCUGAUAUAGGGAGACAUGGUUGUCAAGUUCCAAAGCUGGUUUAUGGGGAAAAUAUAGAUUCUAAUCUUAUGUUAAUGAAGAAGGAAUAUACUUGGCAUUUAGGAGGAGCUCUUCCUCAGCAUGAGCUAGAGGAGUGGAGACUACUUUACCAUAGUGCAAUAAAUGGGCUGAGUUUCACGACAUUUUUGGGUAAUAUAACAAACGAUGGAGGACCGACACUGCUGAUAGUGAAGGAUAAAGAAGGUUACAUAUAUGGAGGCUAUGCUUCUCAGGCAUGGGAGAGGCAUGGUGAUUUCUAUGGAGACCUGAAAUCAUUUCUAUUUCAGCUGUAUCCAAAGGCAGCCAUAUUCAAACCAACUGGCGCAAACAAUAACAUACAAUGGUGCGCGGUCAAUUUCAGUUCAGAUAGCAUUCCAAAUGGCAUAGGGUUUGGAGGACGGGUGAACCACUUCGGUCUGUUUGUGUCGGCGAGCUUUGAUCAGGUGCAGACAUUCGAGUGUACAACAUUCGGGAGCCCAUGCCUGUCAAAGACGAACCGAGUAGAGCUGGAAGUGAUAGAGUGCUGGGGAGUAGGGCAGCAGGAAAAGCAGAGUGGGACUAAUGAGAAUAAUGGAGUAAAAGGUAGUGUGUUGGAGAGGUUUAAAGAGGAUCGCCAUAUGCUCAACAUGGUUGGCCUGGCCAAUUCAAGUGAAUGAUCACACUAUUCAGUAACCAUCACUCCCUGCGUUUUGAUUUUGGUAUGGAGUACAUAACUCACGCUUCUUCCAGAUUUUGCUUUCUCAAUUACAUUACUAUACAUCGUUAUUUUUAUGUCGUUACCAAUUUAUUUAAAUAUAUACAAGUCUUUUUCAAUUCAGUGACUUGCUUUAACCAAAAGUGGAUUGAGAAAUUAAGACAAACGAUACCUAGGGUGAUUUUAGAGGGAAAUAUUUAAGUGUUAUUUGUUUGUUUUUGUUCUUUUUGAAGGCUAUGAACACCAAUUUAAUCCAUUAUCGAUGUC